GCAGUCUCUCGUUAUUAGAUGCGGGGUAAAGAUGACUUGAGGCGCGGACUGCUCUCCAUCCAGGGCUCGGGGAAGGAAGACAGCUACAGGGAGAGAAAGCAGAAGGUGUGCUGAUUCAUCUGUUUAUUCAGAGAUUUGUGUGGGUUUAGGAAUUCAUAAAGUUGUUCUGUGUUUGGAAACCUUUUAGAGCAACAGGCAUUGUGAAGAUGAACAUUCAGUCAGCCAUCAGCCGUGAGAUCUUUGUCCCAAGAGAUGAAAAGUUACUGGUGGCCAUUGAGGUGAGGAGGAGGAUGAAGAAGAAAGGACUGUCCUUCCUCAAUGCAGGUCGCAAGAGGGACUACUUAACUUACCUCUGCCUGUCAGUUACUAACAGCAGACCAGCUCAAGUCCUCGUCACUAAAGUUAAGAGGUAUCGGGGCACGAGGCAGUUUGCUAAAAGGUCCCAGUGGUCUGUGGAGCAGCUGCGGCAGGUCAAUGGGAUCAACCCCGAUAAGGACACUCCUGAGUUCGACCUAGUGUUCGAUCGCACCACUGAUCAAUGGGUGGCCAGCUCAGCUGCAGAGAAAUGCAUGUUUGUGCAGGUUCUCUAUCAUGCUUGUCAAAACUACUGGGAGACCAAGCUCGCCCAAGCCAACCCAGCAUCCCCUGGAGACCAGAAGAUACCAGGAGCUCCGGAGAACAAGAAGAGCCCUGGUGCUCCAAGCCAAACUAGUUUUGUCAACUGUCAGCAAAAGCUAAUGGGAGAUGCCUGUUCUGUUAAUAUGGUCAUCUAUCGCUGCAAAAUUUUUUUGAACAGAAUGAAAAACAGUAUGACUGCAAACCAGGGUCGGCCUCAGCGUGAAGCAGCAGCUGUUAAAGCAUCCAGGAGCAGGAGCAGGAGCAGCCCGUCUCCUCCGGUGGUGAGGAAGAUGGGGAACGUGAUGCGGAGGGCCAGUCAGGUUCUGAGUGAACGCGGGGAGCGUCUGAUGAGGGCCGAUGAUAAAACCAGCCACUUGAUGCAUGGGGCCAAGCAGUUUGCUGAGGCUGCUCAGAAGAACAAAUUGCCUCCUUUGAAGUAAUGCAUCACAUUGAAAUGAAUUGGCAUUUAUAAGAGUUAGGGUUAUUUUUGGGUGAUAUUUAUUAAUGUAAUGCAGGUUUAGCACUUCAUGUAGCUUAUUGGAAGCACUAUUUCUUUUCUCACUAUUUCUCAUUUAUUUUAACUCUCAAAAUAAUAUGAUUAUAUUAUUUGAAUAUGCAGUGUGUGUGUGUACACACAUUUUUAUAUAACUGAUUUAUUUAUUUAUUUUUUUACUUAUUUAAUAUUUUACAUAUUUAUUGGUGUUUCAGAUUAUGAUUGCCCACAUGAUAAUCUUUAAUUUAACAGUGGUAAAUUAAUUCAACUAAAAUAACACAUAGAGAUGAUAUACUCAUGAAUGGCUUGAUGCUCAGUUCUGAUCACAGGAGGAGGCUGCUUUUAUCUGCUUUUUAGAUGCUACAAGCUGUUUCAUUUCACUGUGAACACAGUGUUUAUCCAUGUGAAUGCGAUCGGUGUGUGAAUAACACAUUUUUGUUGUUCUGUCAAGGCCAUCUCCGUCUUCUCUGUGUUGUAAUAACAGUCAGCUUUGUCUGUGUUGUGAUUGUGACCAGCAGUAGCAGGAGCUGCAUGUCAUGAGAGGCCAGAGGGUGUUUUCCGCAUCGAGUCGGACACCCUGUUUGGUGUUGGUGUGUGAUGCAUUCUGUUUUCUGCUGUCGUCCUCAUGCUAUCAUUUUGUUGUCUCCUAUGUGUUAUAUUGUUUUUUUAUAUCCAAUUUAUAUUUCAUAAUAUAUGUGUAGCAGAGAAUUCUAUAUGUCCUUGUCUUUGUCAGUGCUCUUGUACACAUUUGAAACAUGUUAAAUGUGUAAACAACACCCUUCAUUUGCGCAAUAAAUGAAACGGGACCCACUUAGA